AAACGUGUCUCCAACGCCAACGUAUAGCAGAGAAGUCAGAAGAAGAUAUGGCGUCUUCGUUUCUCCAGAGAUUAGUAGAUCCGAAGAAGAACUUCUUGGCUCGUCUGCAUAUGAAGUCCGUCUCUAACCGCCUCCGCAAAUACGGGCUUAGAUACGACGAUCUCUACGACCCUAUGUACGAUCUGGACAUUAACGAAGCGCUUAACCGGUUGCCUAGGGAGGUCGUUGAUGCUCGGAACCAGCGCCUUAAGCGUGCGAUGGACCUCUCAAUGAAACAUGAGUACCUCCCAGAUGAUCUCCAGGCAGUGCAGACACCAUUCAGGAGCUACCUCCAAGAAAUGCUGGCUCUUGUGAAGCGGGAGAGAGCUGAGAGAGAGGCUUUGGGAGCUCUACCUCUCUACCAGAGAACCAUUCCUUAAGCAUGUUAGUCUCUUUUUGUCCUAUAAUAGGAAGGGGCUCUGGGCUCUUAAACAAACAGAUCCUAAGCAUCUCUCUGUUCUAUUACUUUUUAGGCGUCAAUUUGCCACACAAUUUGCUUUGUCUGGCUAUGUACGGACCAUGUUUAUGCACGUCUAAGGUUGUAUGAUAUUGAUGCGUAAUGUAUUAUAAGCUUUAUUGAUCUAUCAUC